CAUACCCAAGUGCAUCGACCGCUAGCAACCACCGACUAUCCCCACGUACACCAGCGCAUAUCGGCACACAGUAUCAUGACUUUUGCUGCUCACUGAAUUCUUCAUCUAUCAUCGCAUCAGCACUGCGCUUCACCGCCGCAGCUCACGACGAGUCGGGCGACUCGACCCGGACAAGCGCGACCGUGUCGGUGGCGCGUCCAUACGCAUCAAGCACACUCAAGACUAAGCAGCCAUGGCGGCCUACUUUUUCGCAUCACCGGUAGACGUGGACAUCAAGCUCGAGGCCGAGGACGAGCGCAAGAAGGUGGAUCUCAAGCUCGAGAAGGAGCGCGCUGUGUCAUGUCCGGUGUACUAUGACGGCGACGCAGUCGCAGGGCAGGUUACGGUACGUGUGCGAGAUGGAAAGCGGCUCGCGCAUGAGGGUAUCAAGGUGGAGUUCAUUGGCAGCAUAGAGCUGUUCUACGACCGCGGGCACCACCAUGAGUUUCUAUCACUAUCGCAGGAGCUCGCGGCCCCGGGGGAGAUGCGCGCGGCGCAGACGUUUGACUUCCUCUUCAAGAACGUGGAGAAGCAGUACGAGAGUUACCAGGGGAUCAAUGUCAAGCUCCGAUACCUCGUACGCGUGACGAUCUCGCGACGAAUAGCAGACGUGACGAAGGAGAAGGAGCUAUGGGUGCACUCCUUCCGCAUGCCUCCCGACAGCAAUAACUCAAUCAAGAUGGAGGUCGGCAUAGAGGACUGCCUCCACAUCGAGUUCGAAUACAACAAAUCCAAAUACCACCUGAAAGACGUCAUCGUGGGCAAGAUCUACUUCCUGCUCGUGCGCAUCAAGAUCAAACACAUGGAGCUCUCCAUCAUCCGCCGCGAGACGACCGGCGCGCCCCCGAACCAGUACAACGAGAGCGAGACCAUCACCAAGUUCGAAAUCAUGGACGGCGCGCCCGUGCGAGGGGAAACAAUUCCGAUACGGCUGUUCCUGGGCGGGUUCGACCUGACGCCGACGUUCCGGGAGGUGAACAAGAAGUUCAGCGUGCGGUACUACCUCAACCUCGUCUUGAUCGACGAGGAGAAUCGGAGGUAUUUCAAGCAACAGGAAAUCACCAUUUUCCGUAUUCCAGAGAACUGAUGGCUAUGGACUCUGUGUACUUAUUAUACGUAUUGUUUAUUCUGGAACUCACGUCUCCCGCCCGAAGUGUCGUGUUUCACUGUCCCCCGUAAGCUGACGGCUAUGCCUCCACAUCCCGCGCCUAGCACAUGUCCUGUCUGUAACACCGAGGAUACCUUCACAGAAAGCCUGGUCCGAUCUGUAGACAAGCGAUGCCUCUAUAUCCUCUUCAAGAGAGGGUUCAGGUUUCCAUGGGCCACGAGUUCUAGCGUAACGCACCAACAGAUGAGAACAGAUCUAGAAAGCCG